AGCCGAGUGGGGCUCCCAGCGCCGGGCGUGGGAGACGCGGGCCGGGCCGGAGAGAGGAGAGCACCGCGGUCUGAGGCCUACCCUGCCCCGCAGCAGUGGGGUUUGGGGCUUCUAGCCCCUCGCUGCCAUUUUCCUUCUCCAGGAGGAGCAGAGAUGCCGGUCGGCCGCGGCCGCCUGGGGCUGCUGCUCCUCGGGGUGCUCCUCACCUUCCUCCUCUACCUGCUGCUGCCGGCCACGCAGCAGGAGCGGCGCCUGGCGGGUACCCGGCCUGAGGAGGGGAAGCGGGGCCGGCGGGUGGCCAACACCACUGCACGAAGCGGAAUGGCUGCAGGAGAGCCCCCCGUUUUCUACAGGGAGGCUUCUGCAGGGCCCCAGGCCAGCGGCGCUGCCAGCCCCGGGAGGCCCGAUGUCCUGUUCCUGCACGGCCAGGCAUUCACCUCCAAGACGUGGGAGGCCUUGGGCACACUGGCGCUGCUUGCCGGAGAAGGCUACCGUGCAGUUGCAAUAGAUCUGCCUGGCUAUGGGGAUUCACCCCCGGCGGAGAUGGCCACAGCACAGGACCGUGUGGCUUUCCUGGACCAUGUCCUCCAGGAGCUGGGCAUCCGGAGGCCCGUUCUUGUCAGCCCCUCCAUGAGCGGCCGCUUUGCCCUACCCUUCCUCCUGGCGCAGGGGGACCGGCUGGCUGGCUUUGUGCCCAUUGCACCCGUGGGCACCAAGGACUACACUGCUGAGCAGUACCGGCGGGUCCAGACGCCCACCCUGAUCCUGUAUGGUGACCGUGACACAAUCCUGGCUCCCCAGGCCCUGCAGAGCCUCCGGCAGCUCCCUGGGCACCGUGUGGCUGUGGUGCCUGAUGCCGGCCAUGCCUGCUACCUGGACAAGCCAGACGACUUCCACCGGGCCCUGCUGGGCUUCCUGCACCAGCUAAAGUGA